AAAGAAGACUCGGGGGUUAAGUCUGAUAUUAACCGCCUAAUCUAUUCAUUCGUCUUUAAAUUAGACUAAUAAAAUUUUAAUAAAAAUAAACCUUAAACCGAAUAUCAGCAACAAGAAGAAGGAGAAGAGAAUCAAAGCAGCAGCAUAGUUAAUUAGUAAUUCCACGAUGAGCAACGAUAUCACCCUUCCAUCGGUUUUAAUAGAAAAGAUGCUAUGGAAUCUACCGACUGAAGAGAUAGUACGGACGAGUGUUCUCUCUAAGGAAUGGAGGUAUUUUUGGACCAAAAUUCCGAAAGUUGUGUUUAGGGAGGAUCUAUUUGAUGAUGAUUCAACCGAUGAAAAUCUGGAGGAACAACCAUGGAAAAGGAGAAAGAAGAGUAGGAGAUGUAAACUUUUCAAUGCUAUGUACAAUUUUUUGUUACUACACCAAGGGCCGAUACUCGACUUCACCCUUUCCAUGAGGGUCACGGAACCAUGUGACACAAGUAUUUACUGUGUUGAAAUUGAUCAAAUUUUACUUCAUUUGUCGCUUAAGAAUACUGUCAAGAAACUUCACUUGACUUCUACGUGUGACCUGCCCUUAUCGAUUUUCUCCUUUCAUCAGUUAACAGACCUACAUCUCUUUGGUUGUAGCUUUAAGAAAUCACCAACAACUUUCAAUGGAUAUGGUAGCCUUACAACCUUAUACUUAAAGUAUGUAGACAUCUAUAGAAAAACACUUGUGCAUAUCUUAUCCCAUAAUCCGCUACUUAAAAGCUUCACGUUGCUCACGGGUUGUGAUGGUGAUAUUCAUAUCACUAAUAAUGAAGACGAAUUCGAAGAUGCCACUAUCAUUGACCUGUUUAAGUACUUGCCUGUGAUUGAACAUUUUGCGUUUUGUGUUUCGGACAUUCGGUGUUUUGGUGGAGGGGCACUCCCACAAGCGCUUGCAGCUCCAUUAGUCCACCUCAAAUCCUUGUGUCUAGAAAGAAUGUGUUUCCUGGAGCAAGAUUGGUUGUGUUUCCUUGUACUUAUGAUUAGGAGCUCCCCGAACUUGGAGAAACUUAAGUUAGAGAUGUCAUGCGAAGAUACAGGUCACUGGAAUUACUUUGCUGAAGAUGACUUCUACCCUGUGACAAUGCAAGAUUAUUCUGAUAUUCGCUUGGAACAUCUGAUUGAAUUGGAGAUGGAAAGUUUUGGCAGCAAUAAACUUAACUUGGACUUUGUGAAGCUUAUAUUGGCCAAAUCACCUGUUCUCAAGACUGUCAGAUUAAUGGUUUACAGUAAAGAUGAAGAGUUAAAGAUACUAAGGAGUCUCGUAUCUUCCCCACGUGCAUCACCAAUGGUUGAAAUCGUUGGCGUUUCUGAAGGUGGUAAAGAAUGCAAUUGAACUGCAUGCUGAAUUGUGUAAAGAUGCUUUAGCUCGAAUGAUUUUACAUCACUCAGCUUGGUAAGUGGAAACUUUUGACACUUUCAGAAAGUAAUCUGCACAUGUUGAGUUGCUACUAGUCUUUCUUUGAUUUCAUCCAUUUAGAUCUUUUGUUUCUUUCUUAUUUACGUUGCUGGCUUCUACCCAAAUCCCGCUGUUGAAACGUUUGGGAUGUUAAAUAUUUAAAGUAGAAUUUAUAUGACUUCUUUA